AUGGGCGACAAGGCUGCGUUCCAUGUUAUUGUCUUGGGACCGAGCGGUGGGCCCCGUGAAGACCGAGUCACUGGCCUUCUUGUCCGGUCAACAUCGACAGCAUGGUCUCCCGACUCAGUCGUUGCCGUCGAUGCGGGUACUCUCCUUGCUGGCAUCAUCCGGUUGCUCAACGAGUACAUGUCAUCGAAAGAUGAGCAGAAUGUCCUACAGGAAGGACCAUUCACUGGCCUGCAACUUCCCUGCAAGACCGCAGAGGCUAAUGCCGCGCAUAUUUUUCGGGAGCUCAUCGGCGCCGUCCUCAUCACGCACGCUCACCUCGACCACAUCUCCGGGUUGGCGAUCAACACGCCGAUCCUGGAGGCUGGAAAUGGUCCGAAACCCGUUGCGGCGUUACCGUCGGUGCUCUCUGCUAUGAAAAACUACAUGUUCAAUGAUGUCAUCUGGCCUAACCUCUCAGACGAAGACGGUGGAGCCGGUCUCCUCACCUAUCAGCGUUUGGUCGAAGGUGGCAAUCCCAGAUUUGGUCGUGGCGACGGAAGAGGAUAUGUCCGGGCUUGCAACGGCCUGUUGACCAAAUGUCUGAGUGUCAGCCACGGGCGGUGCAAACAGAAAUACCAUCCGGAAAGCGGAGCACAUCAUCGAGUGGGCAGCGCUGUCUUUGCGGCAGAGCAGUUAAUGCUUCCGUCGAGGGCAAUAUCGGUCGAUCACUCCGAAGCAGGCGCGUUCUACUCCCCUGCCCGCUCUCCCCGACUCGUCCCAUCAAACCAGAAAGACUCCGUUCUCGCAACGGUCGAGAGCUCAGCAUUCUUCCUCCGCGACCACAGCACAGGCAACGAGAUCAUCGUCUUCGGCGAUGUAGAGCCCGACUCCGUGUCCCUGGAAGGACAUAACAAGCUCGUAUGGGACACAGCUGCGCCCAAAAUCGCGGCCGGCACACUGCGCGCAAUUUUCAUCGAAUGCUCGUACAAUGACAGCGUCGACGAUGCAUACCUCUACGGACACAUGUGCCCGCGCCAUCUCGCCGCGGAACUCACCAUACUCGCAGCGAAGGUCGUCGACAUGCACGACUCGGUGGAUAAGAAGCGCAAGCGCAAAGAGACUACCAUCGCUGGCGAGAUUACUCCCGAGCAAGUGAGUCCGAAGUCGAAGCGCUCGCAGAGCAAUUCUUCCGGAGCGAACUUGAACAUCAACGUGAAUGCCCCUUCACAAUCCCGCAAUAGCUCUAUAAACGACAAAGACAUACCCGACGCAGCCCCUGCCAUCAGUGCGAGGGCUGAAUCAUUCACUCUGCACGAUGGCCACAGCACUGCUAUUGCGGGCGAUCUGAUCCCUAACCCGGCCAGCUGGGCGGAUUCGACCCCUCUCCCGCUGGCGGGGCUGUCAGUUUAUAUUAUUCAUAUCAAGGAGCAUCUCACCGAUGGUCCUCCGCCUGGGGAUCAGAUCUUGCGUGAGUUACGGGCGCACGGCGAGGCGGCGAGUUUGGGGUGUGAAUUCUUCAUCCCGGAUCCGUUGCAGGGUAUAUGGAUUUGA